AUGUCGGUCUCGGUGGCCUCAGGAUCAACCCAAUCGGGCUUCAUUGUGAAUGAAGGCGUACGGAUACACUUCUACGCGACUGGACAAGGCCCCCUAAUGGUUCUUCUCCACGGCUUUCCCGACAACUCAAAGACUUGGGCCCAUCAGGUGGCUGAAUUCUCGAAGACACAUACAGUCGUGUGCCCCACUCUUCGCGGCUACCCACCUAGCGACAUUCCCACCGUCGAGCAAGACGCCUACUAUAUUUUGGCCAUCCUUGAUCACUUCAACGCCGCCCAGGCAAUCGUCGGCGGCCACGACUUUGGCGGCGGGGCUAUUCAAUUACUGGCACUUCACCACCCUGAGCGCGUCUCCGGGCUCAUAAUUAUGAAUUCUCCCAUCCUUCCUCGCUUUCACGAGCUCAUUCAGUUUGAUAAAGACCAACAAGCCCAGUCUGCCUAUACUAUUCAUCACAUUCAGUACCAAAAAGGGGACGACAAGAACUUAGGCGCCGCGCUCGAGGGUAUCAAGGAUGACGAGCAGCGUCGCGAGAUGCAUGAUUAUCUCUCCGAGUCACCAAUGGAAGGCAUGUACGCCUACUACAAAUACAACUACCCGGGCCCACCAUACGGCCAGCAUGUGGACACUUCUAGCAUGUUAUAUCAGGUGCCCACGCUCAUCAUCUGGGGCUUCGCAGACACCUACUUUUCAACGAAGUUUUUGGAUGGGAUUCCAAGGUUUUUUGUGAAUAGCGUCCGUCUCGUCACGUUUCCCGGUGCCGGCCAUUGGGUAUUCCGGGAACAGCCUGCUAAGGUUAACCAAGAAAUUCGGUCUUGGUUACAGGUCCUGGCCAAUAUGUCGGGGUAA